AUGCUCGGGCCCCGGCUGCUGCUGUUCCUCUCCUGCGGGGGUGCCCUGCUCAGCGCCGGUCUGGACGACAGCUCCUUGGUGCCCCCAGGCCUCCAGAGGCUGAAGGACUCCCCGCAGACAGCUCCAGACAGGGGCUGGUGCUCCACAUGGGGGGCCAGCCACUUCUCCACCUUCGACGGCCACGUGUAUGACUUCUCGGGGACCUGCAACUACAUCUUUGCGGCCAUGUGCAAGGAUGCCUCGUCCACCUUCAGCGUGCAGCUACGGCGAGGGCCGAGCGGGAACAUCUCCCGGGUCAUCGUGGAGCUGGGGGCCUCUGUGGUCACUGUGGAGAAGGCGGUCAUCUCUGUCAAGGACAUGGGGGCCGUCAGCCUGCCCUACACCAGCAACGGGCUCCAGAUCACACCCUUCGGCCGGAGCGUGCGGCUGGUGGCCAAGCAGCUGGAGCUGGAGCUGGUGGUCAUGUGGGGUCCGGGCACCCACCUCAUGGUCCUGGUGGAGAAGAAGCACAUGGGCAAGAUGUGUGGGCUGUGUGGGAACUUCGACGGUGAGAAGACAAAUGAGUUUCUGAGCGAGGACGGCCAACUCCUGGAACCCCCUAAGUACGCCGCCCUCCAGAAGCUGGAUGACCCCAACGAGAUCUGUGCCUAUGAGGCCAUCCCCAGCCCCCGGGUCCUGCAGGCAGGGAACGCCCAGACCUGCAUCCAGCUGCUGACCCUGGUGUCCCCCGAGUGCAACGUGCCCAAGGAGCCCUUCCUGCUGAGCUGCCAGGCGGACAUGGCCACGUGUGCCCAACCCGGCCGGCACAACUGCAGCUGUGCCACGCUAUCUGAGUACUCGCGCCAGUGCAGCAUGGCCGGCCAGCCCGUCAACAGCUGGCGGGGCCCUGGCCUCUGUUCUGUGGGCCAGUGCCCAGCCAACCAGGUGUACCGGGAGUGCGGCGAGACCUGCGUGAGGACCUGCUCCAACCCGCAGCACAGCUGCUCCAGCUUCUGCACCUUCGGCUGCUUCUGCCCGGAAGGUAUGGUUCUGGACGACAUCUCCAAAAACCACAGCUGCGUGCCUGUCCCCCAGUGCCCCUGCAUGCUCAGCGGGGUGGUCUACGCCCCUGGGGAGGUCACGACAGCCGCCUGCCAGACCUGCCGGUGCUCCGGGGGCCACUGGGAGUGCAUGGAGCGGCCCUGCCCCAGGCGCUGUGCCCUGGAGGGCGGCUCCUUCGUCACCACAUUCGACGCCAGGCCCUACCGCUUCCACGGCACCUGCACCUACAUCCUCCUCCAGAGCCCCCAGCUCCCCGACGGGGGCUCGCUCAUGGCCGUGUACGACCAGUCUGGGUACUCACGCUCGGAGACAUCGCUGGCCGCUGUCAUCUACAUGUCCAGCCAGGACAAGAUUGUGAUUUCUCAGGACGAGGUGAUCACCAACAACAGGGACACCAAGUGGCUGCCGUAUAAGACUCGCAACAUCACAGUCUUCAGGCAGACAUCCACCCACAUCCAGAUGGUCACCACCUUCGGGCUGGAGCUCGUGAUCCAGCUGUGGCCCGUGUUCCAGGUGUACAUCACUGUCGGGCCCCAGUUCAGAGGCCAGACCAGAGGGCUCUGCGGCAACUUCAAUGGGGACACGACGGACGACUUCACGACCAGCGUGGGCAUCGCCGAGGGCACCGCCUCGCUCUUCGUGGACUCCUGGCGGGCAGGAAACUGCCCAGCCGCGCUCGAGCGUGAGACUGACCCCUGCUCCAUGAGCCAGCUCAACAAGGUGUGCGCGGAGACCCACUGCGCGGUGCUGGUGAAGAAGGGCACGGUGUUCGAGAAGUGCCAUGCCGCCGUGGACCCCAAGCCCUUCUACAAGAGGUGCGUGUACCAGGCCUGCAACUACGAGGAGACCUUCCCGCACAUCUGCGCCGCCCUGGGCGACUAUGCCCUCGCAUGCACCUCGCGGGGCGUCCUGCUCCAGGGCUGGAGGAGCAGCGUGGACAACUGCAGCACCCCUUGCACAGGCAACCAGACGUUCAGCUACGACAGCCAGGCCUGCGACCGCACGUGCCUGUCGCUGUCCGACCGCGAGGCUGAGUGCCACCCCAGCGCCGUGCCCGUGGACGGCUGCAACUGCCCCGAGGGCACCUACCUGAACCACAAGACCGAGUGUGUGCGUAAGGCCCAGUGUCCCUGCCUCCUGGACGGCUCCAAGUUCAUCCUGGCCGACCAGUCCACCAUGGUCAAUGGCGUCAUCUGCUACUGCGUCAACGGGCGGCUGAGCUGCCCGGCACAGCCUCAGAUGCUCUUGGCAACCUGCUCGGCCCCCAAGACGUUCCAGUCCUGCAGCCGGUCCUCGGAGGACAAGUUUGGGGCGGCCUGCGCCCCCACCUGUCAGAUGCUGGCCACCGGCACCCCCUGUGUGCCCACCAGGUGUGAGCCUGGCUGUGUCUGUGCCAAGGGGCUCUACGAGAACGCCAACGGGCAGUGUGUGCCCCCCGAGGAGUGCCCGUGCGAGUUUGCAGGCGUCUCCUAUCCCAAGGGCGCCGAGCUCCACACGGACUGCAAGGGCUGCAUCUGCUCUAGGGGGACAUGGACGUGCCAGCAGAGUGCCCACUGCCCAUCCACCUGUACCCUCUACGGGGAGGGCCACGUGGUCACCUUCGACGGGCAGCGCUUCGUGUUUGAUGGCAACUGCGAGUACAUCCUGGCCACAGACAGCUGCGGUGCCAGCGACUCGCAGCCCACCUUCAAGAUCCUUACAGAGAACGUCGUGUGUGGGAAGUCAGGCGUCACCUGCUCGCGGGCCAUCAAGAUCUUCCUGGGGGGCCUGUCCAUCGUGCUGGCGGAUAGGAACUACACGGUCAGCGGGGAGGACCCCAGCAUGCACUUCCGGGUCAAGGCCAGCUCCCUGCACCUGGUGCUGGAUGCCACCAUCAGCAGCACGUACCACCUGACCCUCAUCUGGAACAAGCACAUGACCGUCUUCAUCAAGAUCGCCCGUGCCUCCCAGGACGCCCUCUGCGGCUUGUGCGGCAACUACAACGGGAACAUGAAGGACGACUUCCAGACACGCAGCAAGUACCUGGCGUCCAGCGAGCUGGAGUUCGUGAACUCCUGGAAGGAGAGCCCGCUGUGCGGGGACACCACCUUCACGCUGGACCCCUGCAGCCUCAACACCUUCCGUCGCUCCUGGGCUGAGCGCAAGUGCGCCAUCAUCAACAGCCAGACCUUCGCCGCCUGCCACGGCCAGGUGUACCGCCUGCCUUACUAUGAGGCCUGCGUGCGCGACGCGUGUGGGUGUGACGCCGGCGGGGACUGCGAGUGCCUGUGUGACGCCGUGGCCGCCUACGCCCAGGCCUGCCUGGACAAGGGCGUGUGCGUGGACUGGCGGUCCCCAGACUUCUGCCCCAUCUACUGCGACUUCUACAACACCCACACGCAGGUGGGCGGCGGCAAGUACCAGUAUGCCCAGGAGGCCAACUGUACAUGGCACUACCAGCCAUGCCUCUGCCCCGAGUGGCCGCAGAGCGUCCCGGGCGCCAACAUCGAAGGCUGCUACAACUGCUCCCAGAACGAGUACUUCGACCACGACAAGGGGAUGUGCUUGCCAUGCAGACCUCCUGGGACUCCCUACCCCACAACAACAGCAUGUGUGCCACACUCAGGCUUGCCUGGCACAGAAACCACGCCCACCACAGCCACGGCCAGCACCACAGUGACCCCCAGCACCACUGGGCUGAGCUCCCCCAGACCCUCGCCAAGCUCCCCGGCCACACCUGAGGCCCCGACCCGGACACCCAGCCUUCCGGCCACAGCCACAGCCCCCACCACCCAGACACAACCAACAUUCUCCUCGGGAGAUUCGUCUCGAACCACCUCCACUGUCACCACACGGGCCACAGCAGCGCCAACCGCCACGGCCACUCGAAGGUCGACAGCCACAGCACCCACCGUGACCCGGGCCACAACGCGGCCCACAGGAUCCUCCCCCAGCACAGCCACGCGGUCCACAGCUCGGUCCACGGCGCGAACCACAGCAGCCCCGCCAACCCCGGCAACAUCAGGGACCUCCACAGUGUCCCCCACAAGGACCGCCACACCCACUGCCCCGCCAUUGACGAAGACCACGACAGGGACCACGCGAGCCCAGAACUCGGUCAGCACAGCCACAACCUCCACGGCCCUGGUAUCACACUCUACUUCAAAUGCCCUCCAUGUAACCACAUCCCCACCAUUCACCACCAUCUCCCUUAAAUCCACCAGUAGAGGUGCAGGGACACCCGUGACACACACCGCCACGGCCACUCACACUGGGCCACACACCUCUUUCACCACUCACUCCACCCCCACCCGUUCUGUCCCCACCACUUCCCACACAACAGCUCCAUCCACAGGAACACACUUCCAGACCACUACCACCUAUCCCAUCACAUCACAUCCAGAGACCCUUCCCGUCCAUGUGUCAACAUCUGCCACUUCCUCAGUGACUCCAACCUCUCACCGAGUCAUCACCCCAACAAGGUCCCACACUACCUCCACCACUCCAAAGCCAACUGGCACCCCACCCACAUCAACACACAGCACAACAGGGACCGCCACACCCACUGCCCCACCGUUGACGAAGACCACGACUGGGACCACGCGAGCCCAGAACUCGGUCAGCACAGCCACAACCUCCACGGCCCCGACCACAAGGACCACCCGAGCCCAGAACUCGGUCAGCACAGUACUACCACAAAACUCUAGCUUUAGCUCUACAUUAUCUUCUCCAACUCCUCUAAACCCAAGCCAAAGUCCUUUCACCACUUCUGUUUCUGUAUCGAAUCUUCCACAUUACUCCUCGUCUUCAUCCAGCACCUCCACUCUCUCCUCCCUGACCACAACUUCCUCUCUUCCUUCUCACGUGUCCUCACACACCACUCCUCCUUUUAUAUCAUCUUCCCCAUCACCUUCAGCGGUUUCCACUUCACAGAGCAUCCCAACCGUUAGUUCAGCUCCGCACAGCCCUUCCCCCUCUGCACCCGUGACCAUAUCACAUGCAGCCUCCCUGUCUACCAGCUCCUUUUCCCCAGCCACCAUCAUGCCUGUCAGGUCCUCCUUCUCACCUCCAUCCUCUCCCACCCUGUCCCCUCUCCCCACUUCCAGUACCACAGUCCUGCCUACCUCCCGGACCACAGCCAGCAACCCCCCCUCCUCAGCUCUGUCCUCUCGGUCCACUACCUCACAGCCCACCUCUCUCACGACCCGAGCCCCCACGCAGGGCCUCCUGUCUUCUACCCUGGGGGUGACAGCCAUCCCGAAUUCUCCAGCCACCAACCUCACCACCAGACAGCCAAGUACCACCGGGUUGCCGGCCACCGUAUUCCUGACCAGCUCCAUCACUGCGCAUGGAAGCUCCUCCUUGCCCACUGCCGGGUCCUUUUCCACCAGGGGCCAAUCCAUCUCCUCUCUCAUCACAUCUCUACCCAGUUCUCCAGGGACCUGCAGCGUGAGGGAGUUUGAGGAAGAGGUCACUUACCAGGGGUGCACGGCCAACGUGACGGUGACCCGCUGCGAGGGCGUCUGCGCCUCCUCAGCCAGCUUCAACACCGACACCAUGCGAGUGGACACCAACUGUAGCUGCUGCCACCCGCUCAGCUCCCACGAGAAGCAGCUCGUGCUGCCCUGCCCGGACCCCAGGGUGAGGGGACAGCGGCUGACGCUCACGCUGCAGGUAUUCAGCAGCUGCACGUGCCGCUCCCAGCGCUGCAGAGACUAGACACCUGGCCCCGGGAGUGAGGACCAAGCCGCGCCCCCGACACCCGCUCACCCCGACUCACUGUGCCCAGCAGCCCCUUUCCUAGGCACAGGGCAUGGCCUCAAAGAGCCCUCAGAUGCAGCUCCCCCGGGCAUCUGAAGAGAAAGGGGCUGCAGGCGGGGGUCCUGCAGACCCUGACCAAACCCAGCAGGCUGCACUGGACUGCCAGCCUUGGGA